AUGACAUCAGCGUUCAGCUUUGGUUUCUCUGGGGAUGACAUUGACAUUGACGAGGACGAUCUAAGUGGAAUUGAUGAGAGAGAUAUGAAUGCUGUGGAGGAUGCCAGCAAGCAGCUCACUGGAAGAUUAAUGGAACCCCAAAGACAUGAUAUGGGAGAAUGGAUCUCUACAUUGCCAUCGCAAAUAUCAUACAACAAGCUCGUAAUAAAUGCAUAUCAUGGAGAAGAGAGAACAUUUACGCUUGCACGCCGAGAAGUCUUCGACAUCCGGACUCAGCUUAUGGCCGAGGACAGUGCAGACCAUGAGAAUGAGGAGCUUAUCUCUGGGCUCGAGGAAGGGGAUAUUAAGCCCAAUUUCUACGAAGGUGGCUUCAAGACAUGGGAGUGUGCGGUGGAUCUUGCCAAAUUGGUUGCUAGUGAAGAUUUGUCCCAUCAGGAUAAGGACCAGCACAUUAUUGAGCUCGGUGCUGGCACUUCGGUACCGUCACUGACUCUCUUCGCGCAAGCACUGCGUCGACCGGACUCAGCGACGAACAAAAUCCAUUUCACAUUUGCAGAUUACAAUUCUGCCGUCCUCCGCCUAGUCACGCUUCCAAAUCUGCUUUUGACUUGGAACUACAUAGUCAUGCAUCGGGAUCCGCCUUCGGCUGAGGACACUUCGCCCAGAGACCAGCCUGAUGAAGAAGAAUUAGACAUCACGCCUGAGCUCCUGGAGAGCUUUCAGAAAGAUCUCGCAAACAAGAAGAUCACCUUCGAGUUCAUCUCUGGUGCCUGGUCCUCCGCCUUUGUUGACCUGGUGUUCUCCAGUUACGGACAGGGCAAAGGGAAAACAUUGAUUUUAGCGAGUGAGACGAUAUACUCUCCAGCAUCUCUGGAGCCCUUCUCCGAGACGUUGAUUGCCUUGCUUCGCCGGUCUGAAACCGAACAAGAGCGGAGCAAAGCCCUCAUAGCGGCGAAGAAGGUCUAUUUUGGCGUGGGAGGUGGAGUAGACGAGUUCCUGAUGGUGUUGAAAAAUGUCAAUGGUUAUGACCUCGAUGUGGAGGAACAGGUGAACAUCAACUCGGAAGGUGUCGGUCGAGUGAUAUUGAAGAUUACGCUCAGGAGUACAUAA